AUGGCAGAAAUGAAAAAAGCAGAGCUGGUAUUGAUUCCAGCAGCAAGUGUAGCCCAUUUGGUGCCAUGCGUAGAGUUUGCGAAUCUGCUUAUCACUCAAAACAAUAAUCUCUCCAUCACAAUCCUGAUUAUGCACCUCCCCUUUGGCACAAGCAUCCUGAGCUUCAAGAAUUCCUUAGCGGAAUCCUUGGAUCCUCGGAUCAAGUUUAUUGAUCUCAAACCAGAGGUUACCACCGACCCUUCUUCACAAAAAUCUCCACCAACCAUUCACAUGUUCUCUCAGUUUCUAAACAGCCGUAAACCUCUUGUCAAAGAAAUCCUUGCUGAACUAAGUAAGUCGGAGAAUUGUAAGCUGGCUGGGGUGGUUUUCGAUGUUCUCUACACAUCCAUGUUUGAUGUUGCCAUUGAAUUUGAGGUCCCAUAUUACGUGUUUUCGCCUUUUGGGGCUUCAAUGAUUGCCUUAAUGUCGCAUCUCCAAAGCUUGAGAGAUGAUCACAAUGUAGAUGUCAAUGAUCUUAAGGUCUCUGAGAUUGAUGUUCCAGCGUAUAUCAAUCCGGUUCCGACCCGAGUUUUGCCAUCGAUGCUUUUGUACAAAGAAGGAGGCAGGAAUGUGUUCCUGGACGUGGCCAAGAGAUACAGGGCGGCUAAGGGAAUCAUAAUCAACUCCUUCAAUGAGUUGGAAACCCAAGCCAUUGAGGCUUUGAGUAAGGACGCUAACCUCCCGCCUGUUUACGCAGUUGGACCUUUGUUAAACCACAAAGGAGGGAAAUGGAAUGAUAACCAGAAGCAGCAGCAGCAACAAGAAGGUGUACAAAGUAUUAAGAAAUGCCAGCUUUGCCAGGGGUUGAAUUGCCCUAUGCUAUCAGUUUUCAGGGUAAUUCACCCAAUGAACGCUUGA